GGGGGGCGGGGGGAGGGAGUGGGGAGCAGGCCCCGCCCCGCCGCCCUUUGCAAAUAAAAAUCUAGGGGGGAGGAGGAGCAGGAAGUGGCGGUGCGAGGGCUGCUGCACAGCGAGCACAGCCGCGUUCCGGACGGCAGCGCGUGCCCCGAGCUCUCGGCCUCCCCCCGCCCGCCAGCCCGACCCAGCCCGCGGCCGCAGCAGCAGCCCCAGCAGCAGCCCCAGCAGCAGCGCCAUGUCCGGGUGGAACGCCUACAUCGACACCCUCAUGGCCGACGGGACCUGUCAGGACGCGGCCAUCGUGGGCUACAAGGACUCGCCCUCCGUGUGGGCCGCCGUUCCCGGGAAGACCUUCGUCAGCAUCACGCCAGCUGAGGUUGGUGUCCUGGUAAGCAAAGACCGAUCAGGUAUUUUCGUGAAUGGGCUGACACUUGGGGGCCAGAAAUGCUCUGUGAUCCGGGACUCGCUGCUGCAGGACGGGGAGUUUACGAUGGAUCUUCGUACCAAGAGCACCGGAGGAGCCCCCACCUUCAACAUCACCAUCACCAUGACUGCCAAGACGCUAGUCCUGCUGAUGGGCAAAGAAGGUGUCCAUGGUGGUUUGAUCAACAAGAAAUGUUACGAAAUGGCCAAUCACCUGCGGCGUUCCCAGUACUGACCUCAUCUGCCCCUCCCCCACCACUCCCUACAGCUUUUGCACCCCUUCUUUCCACACACACACCAUUAUUUUUUUGGGCCAUUACCCCAUUUCCCUUAUUGCUGCCAAAACCACAUGGGCAGGGGGCUGGGGCUGGAUGGACAGAUACCUCCCCCUACCCAUACCCCUCCUGUUGUGUGUUUGGAAAAUUUUUUGUCUUUUUUUUUUUUUUUCUGAAUAAAAAAAGAUUCUACUAACAA